GAAGUCGAACGUUACUUUACCAAUAAUGGUGUCCCUGACACAACGAUGGCUUCGGAGGAAUGCCUUGACGAUGUGGAUGCUGCUGACCAUGCUUUUGGCGCUUUGCUCAGCCCAUUCCCGCCUUCAGCAAGAUCUCAGUGAAACAUACUGCCCCGUGUGCAACAUGGUGGUGCAACCCACGCCGAACCAACUUCUCCGCGGCAGCCAAGCUCUGUACGCAUGCGAGAUGGCAGGCCACUUUCAACAGCUCGUAUCGAAUCCUAAAGCAUACGUUCGUGAGAUCUCGGCGAUCUCGACGUUGCCAGCGCCAUACUCCAACUCGACUGUGUCGUGUCCAGUCUGUCACGACAGCAGGAUCACCCACGCAGUUCGCUUGGGACCUCAUGGCAACCAGAUGAUCUUUGCAUGCUCCGAGAACCACGCGACGUCCAUCUCGACGAAUCCGGUACAUCCUUUCAUACACCAUGUAAUUAAAGCAACCGUUCACAUGCCAUCACAGGCGGAUAUAUUUAUCUACUCGCCGUCGAACGACACCAGCGCCUACUGCCAAGGGGCCACGAUCAUGUACGAUGGCUUCCAGUCCGCCUUCCAUGGCAUCUGUCCACGGCUUCUCUUCCACGGAUGGGUGCUGAACUCGGAGGCCAAGUACGCUUUGGGUUUCGUUGGCAUUGUGCUCAUGGGCAUUCUCUUGGAGUGGUGGGUGGAGUUUCAAGACCAGUUGCAUCGUCGACUAUUGCGAACUCUGGUUGUGCCUCCAUCACCAGACACAUCAACUGCUCACGAAGACCCCGACCUCGACAUUGAGUUGUCGUUGGAGGACACUCUCCUUCCAGCGGACCAAAGAGCGCAGCGACGGCGGUCCCUGCCAUUUAGCGCCAGAGCCGUGUUGGCGGCAUCGUACAUGGGGAUGAUGGCUCUCGCGUACUUCAUCAUGCUCGUGGUCAUGAGCUACGAAUCGGGCUUCUUCGUGGCGGCGGUCCUGGGCAUGGGACUCGGUUUCUUCUUCUUCCGCGAUGUGGAUGCCCUGCAUCCGUCGGGCAACCCAGAUCCUUGUUGCAGCACUUAGUAGUGUACUGUUUGUUACUUUAACUUUGCAAUGAGCUACGUCGUUUGUUCAUCCGGAUGACUUCCUCAACCAGUGUGGACAUUUCAUGA